UCCGCCAUUAAACUCAAAAUAAAGUUUGUUUACUGUGUCAAUAAGUUAUAAAUGGGCAAAUAUAGUUAUGUAAUAAUUAAUAUUUUAGAAAUUUUCGUAAGGUAAUAAAAUCUAGAAAUGAAUGAAACGUUGCCUUCCAAAGCAACGCGCUUAACAGUCUGUAAAAUAUAACGCAUAAUGGUAAUCAAAAGAAAAGAUUUCCAGAAGGCUGCUGCCUUUAUUCAUGAGUUUUUACUCAAGUUGAGCGAAGAUGUGGAAUGUGCUGAUGUUCGUGACACACUCAAUUUGGCACUUCUGCAUAUGCAAAAGUAUUAUAGAUUGAUCCAAAAUAGAUCUCAGGAAAAAUGUGCCAAUACGCUCUCUCUGACUGCUCGUGGCUUGAGUCCUAUGACACCAUUUGUUGAUGCUCCAGAUAAAUUUAUUUGGCGAUGGAUAAACCUAGACAGUACAAAGCUACCUGCUACCAUGAGCCUUGGGGACAGUGUGAGCUUUGUCUCUCUACCCUCUAUAAUCAUUGCAGUCAAGGCAGGCGAUAUAGAUUUAAUAAGCGAACUGUUGCAUCAAGAUCCAGGCUGUGCAGACAGUGUGGAUGGGCUGGGGCGUACUGGGAUCAUGUAUGCUGUGCAUUUUAACCAGCAUGAGACCCUCAGGUUCCUCCUAGAGCAGAAAUCUGAUGUCAACACCCAAGCGCACGACGGAUCAACAGCCUUGCACAGAGCAUGCCAUGAUGGCAACCAUGUUGGACUCCAGCUGCUUGUGGACUAUGGGGGAGACUUGGACAUCUGCGACGUCCAGGGGAGAGCACCCAUACACUGGGCUGUCACAACCAGAAGCACAGAAUGCUUACAGAUUUUGUUAGCUCACCAAGCCUUCUGUGGAAUCCGAGAUAAAGAUGGAUUGACCCCAAGUAUGUGGGCAUGUCGCAUGGAUAACAUCAAACACUUUGAGCUGCUGUGUAAAGCAGACAACAGCCGCGUAGAGGAGUCAGACGGCAUUGAGAGGGAUGCUAACGGCAGAACAUGGAUGCAUUGGUCAGUCCGACGCACACAGCCGCUUGAGUGUUUGCAGACUCUAUUAACCCCAGACAGUGCUGCCAUCAAAGAUGAAGAUGGAAAAACUGUUUUACUUGUUGCUGCUGAAAUGGGUUCCUUGAAUGCAUGUCGACUGAUUGUAGAAAUAGCUGGGGAAAAAUGUAUUUUAGAUCAGGAUAACCAAGGCCGUACAGCCCUACAUCUUGCCACCAUGGGUGGACAUGGGGAUGUUGUUAAUUUCCUGCUAGAGAAAAAUGCGGAUGUGAAUGUGGUUGAUAUGUUUAACGCUACAGCCUGGGAUUAUGCCAGGAUCCGCAAGCUCCACUACUGCCAGCUGAUCAUCAUGUCCCACCAGAGGCAGCGGUUGUCAAGCAACCCUGCCAGCCCCAUGCCUAAUGGGCUGGGGCUCUUCAUGAAGGAGGAGAGCGCAGUGCAAGAUGAUUUUAGCAGAAUGAGCUUUAGGACGAGGUCGAAUCAAUCAACCCCCAUAACACCGCCACACCCCCCAAAAAGGCCUCGCUCCACCCACAUGUUGGCCCGGAGAUCCAGCAGCUUCAACAGUUUAGACAGGGAGCAGAGAGCUGACCAGGACAAGAUGAACCAAUCACAGGACAGGUUUUCUUUGCCUUCAGGGAGAAGGGAAAGACUGUCAAUCAACAUAACAGGUCCGCAGAAGAGAACAUCCAAUGGUGAAGUGUUGACCAAUACAAGAGAGGAUACAAUGAUGACUGACUCAUCAAGGCCGGUAUUUGAGGAUGAAAAUGAUGAAAUAAGUGUUGGAGAAAUGGACGUGUCUGACAUAGAAGAUGAAGACCACACAGUCCCUGCCUCAAGAGGCUCAUCCUCCCAGGCUCACAGAACCCACAGACCCAGGCCCCAACCCCGGGUCAGACCCCAGCAGAUGGGUGGGGCACCUUCACCACCAUCUUUACCUCAGAAUGUUUUAGCAGUACAUAAUAACCAGAAGAGAAGUUUUGCCACCAACAUGAACACCAACAACAACAACAACAGUAACCUGCCCAUCCAGCAACAUUACCCACGGAUGGACUUUGAAGAUGCAGCAUCAGGACCUUCUCCAAGGACAGCAGAUAACCAGCAGCUCAAGUCUGUGCUGGGUCCUCAGCUUGCCCGCCCACAGGCCAGAGUUCCCCCAACCCCUAUAUAUCGCCCACAGCGGGGUGGGCCGAUCCCUUCCCCACCCUCCAGCACCCCACAGAGACCACACAUGAUCAGACAGCAGCAGCCCCUGCCCCCGUCUGCCUCUCGCAACCCAGGACCCCCACAGUCCCAACAACCCAGGGAACCAACGCCACCCAUGGGUCGCGACCCCAGCCCACCCCUGUCAAGUCAGAGUUCAGAGCCUCAGCACAGCAGCAAAAGUCAAGGUCACACUCAGGGAGAGCGCCCCAGUUCAGGGGGAAACCAGCCUCCAGGUGUGUUAGAGGGUCGGCGCAUCCCCCCUCCUGCACUGACCCCCCUACAGAACGCACCCAAGCCACCAAAUCUGGACAUGUUUGACCAGGUGGACAAGAAGAAGAAGAAAAAGAAGAAAGACAAGGACAAAAGAGAUGCCAAGUCCCCACCCCAGAAAGCUGAAAACCCUUCAGACAUACCCCCACCCAGGGGAUUUGCUGCUCCGCUACACCCCCACAUGCAAGGCAGCCCAGGAAGCAGGAUCAACUCUGCUGCUCCAUUUCCCCCAAGACCCUCUAAAGGAGUUCCUGCCAUGUCAGAGUCCAGGUAUGUGGAUGAGAACCAGGAAGAGGGGGCCAGUCCUCCAGUGGUCAAUGGCUUUGCUGUCCAUAUGAGGGAUGGGAAGUCUGCUAGACCUGGUCACAGACUUGCAGACCCUGCCCCAGAACCUGCUGCUCAGGAUGGGGAUGAGGGGGAGAGCAUGAUGCAGACGUCUAUAGCAGAGGAGGAGGAAGACAACCCACUGAUUCCCCCUCCCCCAUCAUUUAGAGGGGCAGCCAGGGGAGGUAACAAGGCACUGACCCAAUCUGUUCCACAGGACAAGAGCUCGUCCAUGAUCCUGACCAGUGCUAAGCCUCCACUACCAAAGACGCGGUCCAGUGUACCAUCAUCAAGCCCUCGACACAACCCCAGACCCCCUGGCAGAAGUGCAUCAUCCGGUAGAAAAAACAGACCUAGAACUCCUAAUUAAUCAACCACAUCACCAUCGGAUUUUUUAAAUAGUGUAUAUAAGAGUAUAUUAACUAUAUGAGCAACAUCUUUAUUCUGUGAACUGUGCUAAACAGCUCAUGACCAGAUGUUGGUUUAUCAACAAAACUUCUUGACACACUUGUUAUCAUUUAUAUCAUUUUCUUGAUAAAACUGUUCUGAAAUCUAUGUUCAACAUAAAUUCAACACUAUGUUAAAAAAUAUAUAAAUCUAAAAAGCAUUUAGCUGUUGACAAAGAUGGACUGGAUUGAACUGGACAGUUUUUGUACUGAACUUACUUUCAAAGCUGUUAGGUGUUGACAAAGAUGGACUGGAUUGAACUGGACAGUUUUUGAACUGAACUUAUUAUCCAAAAUACACUUUUAAACAUCAUGUAUGCUUCUAGGGCUCUGCAAAUGUAUUUUAAAAAAUAUUUAAUGUUAGUAUUCUCUUUGACCUUAAGGUGUGACAGCUAGAAAUACUUGAAGCACUUAAGGUGUGACUGCUAGAAAUACUUGAAGCACUUAAGGUGUGACUGCUAGAAAUACUUGAAGCACUUAAGGUGUGACUGCUAGAAAUACUUGAAGCACUUAAGGUGUGACUGCUAGAAAUACUUGAAGCACUUAAGGUGUGACUGCUAGAAAUACUUGAAGCACUUAAGGUGUGACUGCUAGAAAUACUUGAAGCACUUAAGGUGUGACUGCUAGAAAUACUUGAAGCACUUAAGGUGUGACUGCUAGAAAUACUUGAAGCACUUAAGGUGUGACUGCUAGAAAUACUUGAAGCACUUAAGGUGUGACUGCUAGAAAUACUUGA